UAUGUUGAACAAACUGCUUGGCAGCGGAAGCUACCAAUCUUUUGACAUGCGCUGCAUGGUAACUGGCCAGUUCGCUACUGGGAAAUCAAGUUUAGUCAAGCUUUUAGUUGGGGAUAAUGUUCCAGAAGGGCGGCAUGCCACUGAUGGUAUUUCCCUCGUUGAAGGUCGCUGUGGACUUGAUAUAGAGACAAGAAACUGGAUCAUGAUUGAUCCAGGAACAUAUAAUGCCUUGGAUGUAGUAUACAAUAAGGUUUUAAUGACCUCUGUUGAAAAGGAUGAAAGAAAACAAACAAAAACAUCAAGAAAACAUAAAUCUGAUGCAAACAUUGGUGAACUUCCAAAUAAAGACGAUAUUCAUUCUCAGAAGUCAGAAGCUACCAAGUCAACAUAUGUUCCUGUGAACCUCUCAUGUGAGCCUUCUACACAGCCGCUAGCUACCAAGUCGACAUAUUUCCCUGUGAACCUCUCAGGUGAACCCACUACACAGCCACAAGCUACCAAGUCAACAUAUUUACCUGUGAACCUCUCAGGUGAACCUUCUACACAGCCACAAUCUACCAAGUCGACAUCUUUCCCUCUGAACCUCUCGGGUGAACCCUCUCAGCAGCCACAAGCAGCCCAAUCUUUGUCAAAACAGAUUUCCUCUAUUGAGUCUAAAAAACAGCAAAUGAAGAAGAAAAUGACAACUAAAAUGACCAAAAAAGAAAUGAGAAAGAAAAUGGAAAAGGUCCUCAAAACUGGUAAAUAUGAAAUGAAAGUUGGCAGACUCAUUUUCUGGGACUUUGGUGGACAGUAUGUCUAUUAUACAACACACCAGACAUUCAUGACUUUCAGAGCGUUGUUUCUAGUAGUUUUUGAUGGAAGUAAAGGAUUGAAUGAAGAAAUACCUGAUGUACUGUGUUUUCCAGGACAGCACAUGACACCAACCCCAGCAGUCUUUUUACUGCACUGGGUAAACUCAAUCCUGACCUAUUGUAAGGUGGUGUAUGCUGGCAUCCCUAAGAUCUUGUUUGUUGCCACCCACAAGGACAAGGUACCAGUGGAGAAUGUUGAAACCAGACGUGCACUAUUGUACAGUGAAGUUGAGGAAUUAUUUAAAGACCACGAGGGAAGAAAUCAUCUUGUCCUUGACAAACAAAUAUUUGUCAAUGCAACUGAUAAAGAUGAUAUAGAAAUUAAAUCAUUAAAGAAAGCCAUCACAGAGCUUACUUUCGAUCAUCCUUGUUGGGGAGAGGACAUGCCGAACGCUUGUGUUCCCCUUGAACUGGAGAUUGCUGAAAUGGUAGCUUCAGGAAAGCAAAUCUUGUCAUUGGUAGAACUUGAAGAAUUGAAUUCAAUCAGCAAGGUGUCCGUUCUGGAUUUUGAACAACUUCAUGAUUUCUUACACUUCCAUCAUUCCCUUGGGAAGAUUAUCUACUUCGAUACCCUUCAGCUCAGGAAUUAUGUUAUAAUUAACCCGCUACUCAUGGUGGAGGUAAUGAGAUCAUUUGUGACAGACAUAGGAUUUUGGCCAAAGAAAAGAAGAAUGCAGGUAAUAUUCAGUAGAAUGUCAGAAAGUGGAAUCAUACACCGAGAAGACCUGUAUCAGAUUUGGGAACAAAAGGAUUUCCGUCCAAUUUUACCGUACAAAGAGUUUAUAUUCAACAUCCUCAUUCAUUUAGAUAUUCUGGCAGAGCAAAGAAGAUAUGACACAGGUACAGGAUGUCGGUUACCAGUAGAGAACUUCUUUGUUCCCUGUAUGGUUACAGAAAGAAACACAACCAGCUUUAUGGAAAAAGAAUGUACACCAGAGAAAGCAAUAUGCCUAGCCUUUGUUUUUAAAGGAACUGUCAUACCACCAGCUUUGCCCAACCGUCUGAUCAGUGCGUGUCUGAGCAUGUGGACUCUGAAGCAAUAUGAAGGGAAAAAAAUCCUCUUUUCAGGAUUUAUUGUAGUAUCAUUUGACAAGGCACAUGAUGUUGUAGUAUGUGUCGAAGGCAACCAGAUUCUUCUUUAUAUAGUCCAUAAAACCUCGGCUGGACUUAUAGUACCAGAUAUUGCCACUGCAGUAAAGGAAUGCUUGGUUACAACAAUGGAAAGAAUAUCAGAUUUCUAUCAGUCCACAAUCCAUGUAAAACACGGCCAACAAUUACCGUUCCAUCUUGAAUAUUCAUGUUUUGAAUUGAAAUGCUUCAUUAGUGAAGAGGUAGCUUUGCAGACCAAUGAAUGGGUUUGUAACAAACAUAAACUUACACACAGACAAGGAAACUGGGUUGUUUGGAAUCAAGAUAAGAUAAAAGAACAGUGUGAACUACAUUGUCCAGGUUUUCAAGAUAGUGCCUUAAAUCAAAUUCCGAGUGACAUUGAACUUCAUCGAUUAGCAGCAGGAUGUGACGAAACCACAAUACGAGAGUUGGCCAUACAUCUUGGUAUGACUCUUCAAGAUUGGGAUACACUUAGAUCUAAUAAUGCUCAGAUUGAGAUUGUGAAGUAUAGAAUACUGGUCAACUGGCGGGAAAAAUACUCAGGAAGAUUUAGCAGAAUAGCAAAAGCUUUAACAGAUAUGGACUUACCGGUCCAUACACUGUGUCAGGUUAAAAGAGAAAGAAGAGCAGAGACAGACAUUCCUUUGGAAUAUCUAGAUUGUAUACCGACGGAUGAGAUACUAGAUAAACUAGCACCCCAAAUUGGUCAAGUAUAUUUUCAACUUGGUGCUGCCAUCGGGUUGUCAAUUGGAACCUUGGAAAAUAUUCAGAGCAAUAAUCCCAGAGAUUUAGCAGCUCAAAAUAGAGAGGUAUUAUUCGCAUGGAGAGAAGACAAAACAGUUAAACCUACAAUACGAGUACUGGUGCAGGCUUUAGUAAACAUUGGGAGAGGAGCUCUUUGUUUACAGGAAGUUUUAACGUAUGUGGAUCCUAAUACCCUUAGAGAAUCAGAAAAAGUGGGAGAUAAAGGUGCAAUAUCCAAGAAAUCGAACAAAUGUUCAAUAGCUUGAAAGUGGACACCACAGAGUAAAGUUAGAACAACAAUAAUGCAAUAUGGAAAAAGUUCACUACAGCUAAGGUGAAACCAAGUAAAGUGCAUUCCGGCCUUAGUGCUUCUAAAAUACCUUCACUUUUGCAUUUUACUUGUUCCAUAUAUUCUGCGUGCAGCAGGGGACAUAGGCAUAGUCCUUGCCUGUAUAUAUAUAUUUGUCCUUCCAUCUGAUACAACAAUGCUAGGAGACUGUUUGACAGAAAGCUUUCAUACAUGUUUCUUAUCCUUUUUUUCAUAGAUUUGUUUUCGUACUGUAUUCAUAUGUUAUUCAGAUUUCACAAUUGAAAGUGGAUUUAAUAAGAUUUUUUUUGACAUUGUAACGCAAUUAAUUUUUUGGGGGGAAUUGGUUAGAUCAGUAAAGACAGAAUAAACUCAUGUUUACUGUUCCAGUAUUAUGUUACUUGAAUGUUUAAAAAUUGCAAAAUUUUGAUGUUUCUGGAUAAUCAAUGGAUAAAAUCAUUUUUGUAAUUGAUUCCUAAAAUACUGGAAUAGUGGCAAGCUCGUGCAAUAUAAAACAAUACUCUAAACAGUAUGAAUGCAAUUAACCAUACUGUUGAAAAAUGUAUGCAUUCUUUAAGUGUAUGUUCUCUUAUAUGAUGAAGUUAUAUAAUAAUGCAGAUACUGUUCAUUUUGUUAAAUAGUUUGCAUAUAUUAACAUGAACAUGGAUAUGAUUAUUUUUACCCAUUCUGAGAAUAUUUCAUUAACUUCAGGACUGCUUGUUCAAAUCUUUUGUCUUUAAUAUAAAAUUUUUAAUUACAACUAGAAACAGGUUGUGUAACUUCUUAGUUUCCCUUUUGCACCAGCAAUGAAAGCUAACUUAAGUAAAAGUUUCCUCUUCCUGAAGCAGGGAGUAUUUACUAAAGAACUUGCUAAUGACCUCGAUAUUUAAAGAGAAGGAUUAUCAUGAAUAUGGUGUACAUGUAUUUCAGCAGAAGCAUGCCAGACUCAGCCGUAUAUUUCUAUAUUUCAACAAACAGUGACAUGUUUGUGUUAUAAUCACUGGUCAGAAUGAAGAAUAAGGAGAUAAUUUGUGAUUCAAUGAGAAAACUAUCCACCGAAUAGUAUGAUAAUGUGAAUUUAAGCAACUAAACCCCUACAUGAAAAAAUGUGAAACAAUUCAAUCUGAUUUAUGAUGAAACAAAUAACUCAUAAAACGGUGGAUUUUAGCGACCUUCACUUCCCAUGAGGGUCCAACAUGGUCGGUUUUCAUCUUUUUUAAUCUUUAUUUAUUGCAAAAGUACAUAGCUAAAAGGUUAAAUUGUCUCCCUUUAUAUAGGACACAAUCUAUAUUAUAAGUACACAUAGUAUUUAUGAUGAAAUUUAUAUAUAUAUGUUCACCAUAACUUUAAAAUGUAAACAAGCUACUUUUUUUGUGUGAUUAU